AUGCGCCCCGUGAUACGAACAUUCUCGACAUGUCUGCGACAGCUGCCGCGGCCUUUAUCGCUUCGUGGCAUCCGACUGCAAACCACAGCGGCGGCGGCUGAUGGAGUCCUCUCGCCCGCCCUCCUCUCACGAGCUCGGUCAAUGGCACAGGAACACAAAAACAUUACAGCACAACUUGCCGAAGGCUUCGAUACGAAAGCAGCAAAGAAACUGGGACAAUUGACAUCGGUCAACAACGCAUUGAAAGAGUGGGAAAGGGCAAACGAUUCCUUGUCGGAAUUACGAACACUUCUAUCCGACCCGAAGACAGACAAAGAUCUCGUUGAGCUGGCAGAAGAAGAUCUGGCAUCCUCGCAGACCGAGUUCUCACAAGCUUCGGACGCGCUCAAGAUUGCACUCGUGCCUCGCCAUCCAUUCGCCGAUUUGCCAUGCCUGAUCGAGAUCAGACCUGGUGCAGGUGGUGGAGAGGCGGCUUUAUUUGCUGGUGACCUGCUCCGCAUGUACACCUCUUACUGCAACCGCCUAGGACUCCGGACGUCCCUGCUCAAAUUCGAAGACGCCGAUGGUCACGCAGACCCCAAAGGCUCGGAUGCGCCUCUCCAAGAAGCAGUGCUUGAAGUUGAGACUCCGGGCGCAUACGGCUCCCUGAGGUGCGAGGCUGGAGUCCACAGAGUACAACGUGUUCCAGCGACAGAGAGCAAAGGACGCACACAUACCAGUGCUGCGUCCGUUCUGGUGCUUCCAUCAUUCCCUGCAGAACCAUCGCAGGAGCUAGGAGAGGCCAGCUUCGAUGAUCCGACCAGUGACUACUACGUCGACCCCAAGGAUGUUCGCACCGAUGUCAUGCGCGCAAGAGGAGCAGGUGGACAGCACGUCAACACAACCGACAGUGCUGUCCGGUUGACCCAUAUACCUACUGGAACCGUCGUCGCCAUUCAAGACUCCCGUUCGCAACCCAAGAACAGGGAAAAGGCUUGGAAACUACUUAGAAGUCGGCUCGCCCAGUCAAGGCGUGAGAAAAGAGAAGAGGAGAUGAUUGCCUUGCGCCGAAGUGUUGUUGGUAUCGCGAAGAUGGGCCGAGAGAACAAGAUCAGGACAUACAAUUGGGGUCAACAGAGAGUGACGGAUCACCGCAGUGGCAUCAGUGUGCACGGCCUGGACGAUGUACUUGAAGGAGGCAUUGAGCUCGAGCGUGUCAUGGAGAGCGUCCGCGGAUGGCUCAGCGAGCAAGAAGUGCUGGGUCUGGCUGCCGAGGAGGAGCUGAUUGCGAAGAAGGACUCUUGA